AUGGCGGCGAAUACAGUGACAUUCAGGGUGUUGAGAGAUGAGGAAGUGUAUGAAGAUUUCGAAGUGGAAAAAGCGGUUGCAAUGGAAUCAGAGGUCGUAAAGAAUUUUAUAGAGAAAGACACAGGAAUGGAGCCUCUAAGGUUUCCUAUUCCUUGUCGUAACAUCAAAAGCGGCAAAGUACUGGAGAUGGUAUUAGACUACUGUAAAUUCCAUGCUCAUGCAAGAUCCUUCACUAUACCAGAUGACGAUGUGAAGACAUGGGAUAAUGAAUUCGCUGAAAAAGCUCUUUCUGCGGAUAAAAAUCAGGUGACCUUCUGCCACAUUCUUUUGGCUGCUAAUUUUCUUGAAAUCGAAGAUCUUUUUUGUUUGUUAUUGAAGGCAGGGGCAGAUUUAUUGAAAGACAAAAGUGUGGAAGAAUUGCGCCAGAUAUUUAAGAUAGAGAAUGAUUUCAGUGAACAGGAAGAGGAGGCAAUCGUGCAAGAGACGAAGUGGACCUACGCAUAA